CGGACGGAGGCGGCGGGAUCAGCCCGUUCCCGGUGCGGGGCGCGGGCGCGGGGCCGGGAGCGGGCUCGGGGAGCGCCCGGCUCUCCUCACGGGGCUCCCGCACUGCCACCACUCCAUGUGAUGUCCAGGGUCAGAAAUGCCUUAUGUGGAUCGCCAGAAUCGCAUCUGUGGUUUCUUAGACAUUGAGGAAAAUGAGAAUAGUGGGAAAUUCCUGCGGCGGUACUUCAUCCUGGACACGCAGGAGGACAACCUGGUGUGGUACAUGGAUAACCCACAGAAUCUUCCCUCUGGAUCUCCACCUGUUGGGGCCAUUAAACUUACCUAUAUUUCAAAGGUUAGCGAUGCAACUAAGCUGAGGCCAAAGGCAGAGUUCUGUUUUGUUAUGAAUGCAGGGAUGAGAAAAUACUUUCUACAAGCCAAUGAUCAGCAGGACCUAGUUGAAUGGGUAAAUGUUCUGAACAAAGCUACCAAAAUCACAGUACCAAAGCAGUCUGAUCCUCUCUGCCAAAUGGAAAAUGCAAAUCGUCAAGCUGAAAGCCCAGGUGGAAAGAAACAAGUCUCUUACAGGACAGAAAUUGUUGGUGGUGUUCCCAUCAUUACACCCACCCAGAAAGAAGAAGUCAGUGAGGGCAGUGAAGGGGCUGACAGGAAUUAUUUGAAGAGGUCACAAAGUCACCUUCCUUAUUUUGCUGCUAAGCAUCCCCCAGAUAAUGCCAUUAUCAAAGCUGGUUACUGUGUCAAACAAGGAGCAGUGAUGAAGAACUGGAAGAGAAGAUACUUUCAAUUAGAUGAAAACACAAUAGGAUAUUUCAAGUCUGAACUGGAAAAGGAACCUCUCAGGGUUAUACCACUUAAGGAGGUCCAUAAAGUUCAGGAAUGCAAACAGAGUGAUAUAAUGAUGAGAGACAAUCUCUUUGAAAUUGUAACAACUUCUCGAACCUUUUAUGUGCAGGCAGACAGCCCCGAGGACAUGCACAGCUGGAUCAAGGCCAUUUCGGGGGCCAUCGUGGCGCAGCGGGGACCGGGCAGAUCGGCGGCUUCCGUGACUCUAAUCUUAGCUUUGCACUGUGUUCCAGAUGCGGCAGGCCAGAAGGCUGUCGAAUCCUUGUAUACAGAGGAGCAUCCCGAGUCUUCUGCCGAGCCCGGCCAUGCUGUCCGUGCAGCCAGCUCACAUUCCACAGCCCCUCACUGCAGCCCUGUGGCCCCAGCCCCUCACCCCAAACCCCCUGCCUUGGAGAAACGAGGAUUUCACGAGUCUUUUACCAAGGCCAGGCCAAGGAGCUACAAGAUCCAGGCUGUCGCUCCAAGAGAAUCAACUUCCAAAGUGACUGACCGGGGUCCCUGGGAACCCCGGAGCAAAAAUGGCACUCAGGAACAGGAUCCUGGCCUUGUGGAUCUGGAUGAUGCAAGCCUUCCAGUUAGUGAUGUGUAGGGAUGGAAGUGUUUGGAGAAUGAUCCAUUUGUUCGGUCCUUUAAUUUCCUUGCUCGGACUUUGAACCAAAGAAAAUUCCAGGAAAUGAGAACAAAAAAAAAAAAAAAAAAAAAAAAAAAUAGAAACCGGAGCACUGCUGUUAUAUAUAUGUGUGUGUGUGUUCUGUGCACACAUGGGUAUAUAUAAUGUGUGUGUGUGUUGCCUUUCAGCUGAGGGUCAGAGAUGGACCUUAGGCAUUAUCUCAAAGCCUGAUAGUAAAUCACUUACUAGGGAGGGGCCAAACUGCACAGUUUAGGAAAAAAAACCAACCCAAAAUGCAUUAAACAAACAAAAAAAAAGUACUUGUGCAAGUAAGCAAGGUACCAGCAACUGCUAAUUCCUAAUCUGGCAGGUUUACUAAAUUUGCAACUAAUGCUCUGUUUUGGAGAACUUGAUGCCAACAAAUGUGAUUAUUUAAUUUCAUCUUAAACUACAGUAAGAUUUUAGGUAAAUCUGAGAAUUUUUUCUCUCCGUGACUUCCAGAUACCAGGAAAUGCACAAAAUGUUUCUUCUGUUCUUUAAGACCAACAGUGUCAACUGAUUUGUUAUCAGAACAAGAAUUCUGAACUCCCUUGGAAUUCUAGUUAUGGUGCUGUAAAAUUUCCACUAAAAUAAUAUUUUGAAUAGUCAGCCUAUUUUUGAUGCACUCCUGAAGGUGGGUUAUAACUUUUUGCACAUUUGGAUUUCCACGGACUGCAUGUAUUGGUGUUUUGGAGGGGGGGAGAAGAGAAUUUGGACUUUGGAAUUUGGACACUUUAGAUCUUUUUAACUAAGUAGGGUUUAUGUUGUGUUACAUUAGGCUUUGCAGCAAUUAUGCUUUCUUAAAUGUUUAAAUGUAUUGUUUGGUUACUGUUUUGAGAAUGAUUUCCUUCCCAGUGCUUUGUGAGCAGUUCUUGUUUCUGUAUUGAUCAGUGGAAGAGCUCCUUUAGUUGUGUUGUUAUUGGUACUGAACUGUUCCUAGUCCUGCAAUCGUGGCCUAUAACUUUUGGUGCACUAAGAAUCUGAAGUGCCUGUGUUUUCUCUCACAUUGUUGAAACACUUUGGGGUAGUGAUGUACACAGACCAUUCUUACUGGGUUUGAGCGUUGGCUUGGAGUUGCUCUGGAUAGCAUAGCUUGAAACAGCUCUUUAAAACAAGAUUUAAGCCAGGGGUACCAGUGUUCUGGUGUUGCACCCACUGCUGUGCAAUAUGUGUUCUUAAAAAAAGUGAGUAUUUGUUGUUUGUGUGCAUUGUGUUAUGGGGCAUCAGUGAUGCCAGCGAGGAGAACCUUUACAUUUCAAGUAUUGGAUUAGGUGGUGUGUACUUUUCAUCAUUCUUGGGAAAAAAAACCCAUUUGCUUUAAUCCCAACCCCACAAAUAUCUCAUGCUGCUGCUUACUGUGAUCCCAGUUGUCCAGCUCUGUGAGACUUUCUUUGUCUGCUGGAACCUAAGAUACAUAUCAGGCAAGUCCAUCUUCUCUCCAACUUCCAAACUGACUUCCUCCUUGAGAGAUAUGGAUGGCUUUACCACAGCAAUUUGUUGAUCCCAGGACAGAAUAAUUGGUGUCACAUAAGAAUGGAAUAUAAUGAAAUUCAAAACCUUAAAUUAUAUCAGCACCUUCUUUUGGUUUUGGUUUAUUUUUUUUUUUAAUCCAUAAGCUAACUAACCACUGUCUCAAGGCAGUGGUGUCUGUAAAUUACUGGUUUUGUUUGACUUUAGAUAUAUGUGAAAACUAGAACAGAAUUGGAAAUUACUGUAAAUGUCUGUACUAGUAUUGUAGGUUUUAAUUUCUAUUAAAAGAAACCAUUAGCUCUUUAAAAGCUUAUUUUUUCACAAGUACAUUCUGUGUGGAAGACACUUUGCAUUGUAAUAUUUUUACUGUAGUCUAACAUCUGAAAUCACUUGCUCUGGUACAGCUUUCACACUGCAUGGUCAUUUUAUUGUAUUUUGGUAUUGGCAAUUUUACACAUUGGGUGGAGGUAAGGCAGCUCCAUUAUGGGACUUACAAAAAGAGGGGGAAAAGAGAAAAAUGAAAAAAGAAAUGAACUACUGUUGUAGUUCAGUAGCAUAGGGAAAUAUUUGUGGUUGGUCACUGUCAGGGUCUCCUAUUUAUCAGUACUUUUAUAAAUCUAUGAAAAUUGUUAAAUUAUUUUAGAAACAGUGCUGUAAAUAUGUCACAUUUAAAUUGUCAAUAAAUCAGUUUGGGUAACUUAAAAUAACAUCUGGUUGAGUUUCUUUGCACCAUGACAAGUAUUUGAUCAGAGCAAUACAUUCUUUUUCAGCAUGUAAGAGAUCAGAUUCUCCUUUAUCCAGCCAUAGCAUCUCUAAUCUUUCAAAUCUAAUCAGGUUGUGUAGCCUAAGAAUGAAAUUGAACAGACUGAGCUGAUUUUCUUGUGCUAAUCUCAGUUUCUUCUGUGGAAGUUUUACAUGUUAUGCAGGGGAUAUUGAUUAAAAAACCAUUGUAACAU